AUGUCCUUGACCCCCCCCCCAGUGGCUGAGCACCUCAUCGCCCAGCACAGUGCCAUCAAGAUGCUGCACAGCCGGGUCAAGCUGAUCCUGGAGUACGUGCGGGCCUCCGAGGCUGGCGAGGUGCCCUUCAACCACGAGAUCCUGCGCGAAGCCUACGCCCUGUGCCACUGCCUGCCUGUUCUCAGCACUGACAAGUUCAAGACCGACUUCUACGACCAAUGCAAUGACGUGGGGCUGAUGGCGUACCUGGGUACCAUCACCAAAACCUGCAACACCAUGAACCAGUUCGUCAAUAAGUUCAACAUCCUCUACGACCGGCAGGGCAUCGGCCGCCGCAUGCGGGGACUCUUCUUCUAAGGGAGGGGGGGAUGCGACACUGAGGACACCCCCAGCCAGGCCCUGAGCCGCCCCCAGGGCUGGGGGACCCUACCCCAGGACUGUGCCCCCCCCUCCUGGAGGCCCCCCCAAUAAAUCAGCUCCAGGCUGGGAAUUGUAGCUCCAGCGUCAUCUGAGGUUCUGGGAGAGCUAGGCCCAGGGGAGCAACAUGGUCCCAAGGGGAG